AUGUUCGAUAACUUCGAUUUGACCGCUUCGGCCUCGGUGUACUCCCAUGAUGGACACAAGCCACAGUGCUAUGAAGGCCUUCCUCUUGGAGUUUACUCUGACGCUGCAUCUCAUGGGUCGGCCUUAGAUCCAUCAUACUUAGAUAAUCUCGUUUGGACUGGCUUGUGCUCUGCUAAUCCCGACGAGCUCGCGGGCUAUCAGCCCGACCUCGGGCAGGCACUCCACGUGCUCAGGGACAGCAGCACGCUGGAUUCACUUAUAUCCCCUCACGUUGAUAAUACUUUGCAGCUCGAUCUGGGCGUCGGACUGGAAUCUCACGGGAAUGGCUCCUCGUAUCUUGUCUCUAGCUCGUCAUCUACGAGUUUUCAUACUAUCCCUUCAUAUUUUCCUCUCCAGUCAACCGAAUUGUGCCCAGAUAACUUAGACCACUUUGCCGCGUCGCAGACGGAAGCUCCCAUACCGCUCACCUAUGCACCCCGCAUGCAGCAUAUCGACCUUCCUGACCUCCCUAAGCAUGAAUUUCGACUAUUCGGGGCUCCAACGCAGGGGGGAAAUGAUGGUGCACGCGCCUCGACAUCUCAUGCUUCACCAGCUUUCUCUCGCCCAUCUACGCCCUCCGGUAAUUCUCGCAGCCAUUCCCGUCGAGUCGUGCGUCCGCGAAACGCGCAAGCGUUCAUUUCGCCGCUUGCUGCAGCGCAGGCUCUCGCGAACGGUUCAUUUGUCUGUCCUGCCCCCGGCUGCGGCCAUGUCCCGUCGAGCAAGAACCCCAGCGACUUGGAACGUCACAUGGCAACACAUCAGUCGUACGCAAACAAAGGGAAAUGGAUAUGCUGCGGAAUUCCUGCUAAUGCGGAGAAUGCGGAUGUGGCGUAUAUAAUCAAGGGGCGUUUGAUGACUGGAGGCUGCCAGACGGAAUUUAGCAGGAAAGACUCGCUUGGUCGCCAUCUCACGCGGAGCGGGUGUGUGGGCGACUUAAAUCUGGCUCAAGAGCUCGGCAGUGCUUAA